GUCAAACUUGGGAUAAACUUGUACAAUAAAAAGCAUGGAAAAGAGUAGGAUUAGUUACGAGAUCAAUUAGUAAAUAACAUAAAUUAAACUUAUUUACAGCUUGGUGGCCUUAGCUGGGACCUGCAACUAGGUAGGAGAGAUUCAACCACUGCAAAUAACAGUGCAGUUAUCAGUAACAUUCCCGGACCAGCAUUCAACUUGAGUCAACUCGUUUCUUCUUUCUCCAAAAAAGGCUUUUCAACAAGAGAAAUGGUUGUCCUAUCAGGAGGGCACACAAUAGGGAAUGCUAGGUGCACGACAUUCCGGAAUCAUAUCUACAAUGACACGAAUAUAGAGCCCACAUUUGCUAGCUCAUUGAAAGCAAAUUGUCCUCAAAGCGGGGGUGACAACAACCUUUCCCCACUCGACAAUACUCCAACUACGUUCGACAAUGCUUAUUUUGUGAACUUGCAGAGUAAAAAAGGAGUUUUCCAUUCCGACCAGGAACUCUUCAACGGAGGUUCCACGGACUCCAUUGUCAACACUUAUAGCUCCAACCCAUCUACCUUUGCUUCCGAAUUCGCAAAAGAUAUGCUAAAAAUGAGUAACCUUAGCCCUCUCACGGGCUCUAAUGGCGAGAUCAGGACGAAGUGUUGGAAAACCAACAAUUGAGCUACAUGCAAGAAGAACUACCAAGCAUUUUGCUUUUAUUUCAAAUAAUAUGGUAUGAGUGUG